UCGAAUAAUCGCUAGUCGAAACGAACAAAGGGCAUACACGUAAUUUUGAGUUUUAGAAGCUCGAUAAGCAAAGCCAAAACCACAUACUGACAUAAAUUGCAAAAAGAGUUGAAGAUCGAGAAGCGUUGCAGACCACAAAGCGAGGAAUGGCUGUUACACUCUCACCUCUGCUCCAAACGCUCACGCUCCACCGUGCGCGUAAUGUGGCUGUGGCACCGAUAUCCUCUCUGGCACGUGCCUCAAAAUCUGGUCCGCCCUCGCUGUCGACGACGACCGCCGUUCCAGGCCGGAGACAGCUGCUUUUCUUGCUGACCACAACAGGGACAGUGAUGGUGGGAGAGCGGACGUCGAGGGCGCAGGAUAUCGGGCUGUUCGGGCUGAAGAAGAAGCUGAAGAAGGCAGAGGAGGAGGCGGAGGUGAUCGUGAAGGAAGGGUUCGAGGCGGCGGAGAAGGGGCUGGAUACGGCGGAGCGAGGUAUAGUGGCGGCGGAGAAAGGGAUAGUGGAGGCGGAGAGGGGGAUAGAAACGGCGGAAAAGGAGAUCAAAACGGCGGUGGGUUUUGGCGGAUUAGCUCAGGCGGGAGUGGUGGCGGGAGCGGAGUUUUUGGGUGUUUUGGUGGCCACUUCGAUAGUAAACGGUAUAUUGGGGCCAGAAGCUCGGAAAUCGUGAGAUUGGUCUGCGUUUUCUACGCAGUUGGUGUAUUAUCAGCUAUAAGGUUGCGUACUUAGCGUUGAUUGAGAAUUGUGUUUUGUAUUUAUUUAGCUAAUGUAAUUGAAAGUUAGCAAUGCAAGAUGCUUGUUUUUCUGUAAUUAUAAAGCUUUGUAAAAUUGAAUUUCCCAUUUUUAAGUUUAAUAAUUCAUUUUGUCAA